AUGGACGACACCCCCUCUCGGGCCCUGCGCGUUCCCCGUCCUGCACCACGCGAGAAGAAGGUGCUCGAGGAGAGUGGGGGCGAAUCCGAGACCAGCUGGCCCUCCCUCCGGUCGCGGGAUGACGAGGCGGGCCAGGCUGCAGCGUCCCCGAAAGUCGUCCCCGUGGACGACGACGACGAGGACAGCGACAACUCGCCCCUGAUCGUGCGAAGAUCAAGGGCGUAUGCUGCGGCUGCGGCCAUCUCCUCGGGGGCCACAGCGGCGUCUUCCCCAUUGGCGAUAUCCGCCCCAGCAGCGGCCGCCAGCCCCGAGGCGGCCGCCGUCUCAGGGGCGCCUGCCUGUACCUCGGCGGGGACCACGUCCGCAGGGGCCGCCGGAGCCUCGGCGGCGACAACCGCCCCAGCGGCGGCCGCCAGCACCGCGGUGGCAGCCGCUCCGGGGGCUUCUGCCGAUGCCCCAUCGGGGACCAUCCGCGUCCCGGCGAUGGCUUCAGCAGCAACAACCGCCGGGGAUGCGCCGGCAGUCUCCCCGGGGUCGGCCCCUGACACCGUGGCGGCUUCGCCGUCGACACCCGCGACACUCCGGGUCGCGGCGACCCCGCCGGCGCCUACGGUGUCUCCUGCUUGGGGGGUCUUCCGGGGCUUCGCGCUCCAGCGCCACCCCCCGAGGACCAACUCGCCGGCGAGCUCUAGCAAGAGGGGGAGGAGCGACUCUCCGCCCGUCACGCCGAACAAGAGGGCGCGCACGGACGCCGGCGGCGGCGCCGACCCAACCGACACGGGGGCCCGUGGCGCUGUCAUCAUGCCCGCCGGCGACCCAGCCCCAACGGGGGCGGGGCCUGUGACUGCAAGCGGCAACUCGCCCGCGGCAGGCCUCUUGGAAGCUCUCGCCGGCACGGGGGAGGCGGCGGAAGCCCCCCUCGCAAGUCGACCUGCCGUGCAAGGCCAAAACGCGCCAGUAUCGAGAGCGGACGCAACCAUGGUUGAUCUUGACUCCGAUGUCGAGAUCCAGGGGGUGGUAGAGGACUCGGCGUCAGCUCCCGCACCAGGCCCUGUCGCGCCGGCGACCGCGGCAGCAGUGGCCACCGUCACCACCGAGACGGGGCUUGGCGACGCGCCAGGAGUUGCGGAUGCAGCUGGCGCGGACUCACCUGCCGCCCAGCAGGGUCUUCGCGUCAAGCUAGAGGUGCAGGUCAAGUCCACCGAGGACGCGGUGGGAGCAGCGGCCUGGCACGAGAUCCAGCUUGGCUCCGUCAAGAACAGAGCGGCCAAGCUUGAGACCGAACUGGCCGCUGUUCGGGAGGAGCUCGCCAAGGCCGGCAACGACAUCGCGGAUAAGACCGCGGAGCUUGCGGUGCUGGAAGACAACCUCCGCAAGGCCAAGAAGCCCACGCACGACGGUCGGCUCCAUCAUGGCACGCUGAUCGGGCAGUGGCAAUUAGAAACCGAGAAGCUGCUGAAGAUCACCCAGGCGCUGCGCGACUUUCUGCCCUAG